AUGGAAGACCAGAAUAACAAGCUUCAGAAGGAGAGAAAGUUAAUGGAAGAACGGAUCGCAGAUUUCAGUGCAAACCUGGCAGAGGAAGAAGAAAAGUCAAAGAACCUCACGAAACUCAAGAACAAACACGAGUCAAUGAUCUCAGAACUGGAAGUUCGCUUGAAGAAGGAGGAGAAAGGUCGUCAGGAGUUGGACAAAGCCAAGAGGAAGCUGGAGGCUGAAUCUAACGAUAUGCAGGAGCAGAUCGCAGAACUGCAGGCUCAGAUCGCCGAUCUCAAAGCCCAACUCGCCAAGAAGGAGGAGGAGCUACAGAACGCCCUGGCCCGGCUAGAGGAUGAAACGGCGCAAAAGAACAAUGCUCUGAAGAAGAUCCGUGAGCUGGAGGGACACAUCUCGGACCUUCAGGAGGACCUGGACUCAGAGCGAGCUGCGAGGAACAAAGCCGAAAAGAUCAAGAGAGGACCUGGGGGAGGAGCUGGAGCCCUGGGGAGGAGCUGGAGGCCCUGA